UUUCAGAUAACAAUCGACGAAAUACGUAAUGCUAAUUUUGCCACAGCUAGCGAUGAAUUGAAAUCAACAAACUUGUUAAGGAAUUAUCCGUUCGACCCCAGGCUCCUACUCUUCGGAUACACAACAGAAACGAUUAACAUGCUUCUUGUGCCCAUGUUCAAUGACAAAAAAGAAGCUCUUGGUUCAAUGGGAAACGACGCUCCACUUGCCUGUUUAUCUGCUUUUCAACCGCUACUUUACGAUUACUUCAAACAAUUAUUUGCUCAAGUUACAAAUCCACCCAUCGAUCCAUUUCGUGAAAAGGUUGUAAUGUCAAUGCAAAGCCCCUUAGGGCCAGAAGCGAAUUUACUCCAACCAUCUUUUAAACAAGUACAUCGCAUUUGGUUACAAAAUCCGAUUCUAAGUAUUCCUGACACAAAUUUAUUGAAGGGUAACAUCCACAGGGGAUGGAAAACAAAGGUUUUGGAUAUAACUUAUGAGUUUGAAAAAGGAGUUAGGGGCUACGUGGAUUGCAUUGACGAUAUUUGCCGCCAAGGUUUCGAUGCCGCUUCUUCUGGUUAUCAAUUGUUAGUUAUUUCGGAUAGAAACGCUGGUCGUGGAAGAGUCCCUGUAUCGGCAUUGGCUGCAUUGGGUGCUUUACAUCAUUUCUUAAUAGAAACUCUUCAACGGAUGAAGGUUGGAAUUAUAGUAGAAACAGCUGAGGCUCGUGAAGUCCAUCACAUUUGUGUAUUGCUUGGCUACGGUGCAGAUGCAAUUUGCCCUUACUUGGCUUUUGAAUUAGCACAAGCGCUUCGGGAUGAUUGUGUCAUUAAUUCCGAUGUUAAUAAUAAGCAAAUUUAUAAUGCUUAUGCCAAAGCUAUCGAAAUGGGUGUAGCAAAGGUUAUGGCUAAAAUGGGCAUAAGUACUCUACAGUCUUAUAAGAGUGCUCAAAUUUUUGAAGCUGUUGGAAUAGGUGAAGAACUAAUUAGUAAGUGCUUUCGUGGAACGGCGAGUCGUAUUGGAGGUAUUACUUUGGAAACAGUUGCAAAAGAAGCUAUAGAACGGUACAACAUGGCAUUUGGCGAUACAUUAUUUGACACUCGAAUUUUGCGAAAUCCUGGUAAUUAUCAUUGGCGUAAUGGAGGGGAAGCUCAUGUAAAUGAGCCUGCUGCUAUUGCAAGUUUACAGGAAGCUACGUUAAAUAAAAACUGGAACUCAUUUGAAGCCUUUAAAUCGACAACAUUAGACAGUGUAAGGAAUUGUACACUCAGAGGACAACUCGAGCUCGUUACUGAUCAAAAUAAAGUAGAUAUAUCGGAAGUGGAGCCAGCAUCAGAAAUUGUUAAAAGAUUUGUUACGGGGGCCAUGAGUUUUGGUAGUAUUUCUUUGGAAGCACAUCAGACAUUGGCUAUUACUAUGAAUCGUAUUGGAGGAAAAAGUAACACCGGCGAAGGUGGUGAAAAUUCAGAAAGAUAUUUAGAGAAAGAUUCAAACAACAGCAGGAGGUCAGCCAUCAAACAAAUUGCAUCAGGUCGCUUUGGGGUAACUGCUGCAUAUCUUGCCAAUGCGGAUGAUCUCCAAAUCAAGAUGGCUCAAGGUGCUAAGCCUGGAGAAGGUGGGGAACUUCCCGGUUAUAAAGUCACCAAAGAAAUAGCAAAAACGCGACACUCUGUGCCAGGUGUUGGCCUUAUUUCACCUCCACCGCAUCACGAUAUUUAUUCGAUUGAAGACUUAGCGGAGCUUAUAUAUGACUUGAAAUGCUCUAAUCCCAAAGCCCGGAUUAGUGUGAAGCUGGUUUCUGAAGUUGGAGUCGGAGUUGUUGCCUCUGGAGUAGCAAAGGGCAAAGCGGAACAUAUAGUUAUAUCUGGUCAUGACGGCGGGACUGGGGCAAGUUCAUGGACUGGCAUUAAACACGCUGGCCUUCCGUGGGAACUCGGUGUUGCAGAAACGCAUCAAGUUCUUGUUCUUAACAAUCUACGCUCAAGGGUAAUAAUUCAAGCUGAUGGCCAAUUGCGUACAGGUUUCGACGUUGUUGUGGCCGCUUUACUAGGUGCUGAUGAAUUUGGUUUUAGCACAGCCCCGUUAAUUGUCAUGGGAUGUACCAUGAUGAGAAAAUGCCAUUUAAACACUUGUCCAGUGGGAAUCGCCACACAAGAUCCUGUACUGCGCCAAAAGUUUACAGGAAAACCAGAGCAUGUUGUGAACUUUUUCUUCAUGUUGGCAGAAGACAUUCGUAAUAUCAUGGCGGAAUUGGGGAUUCGUCGAUUUCAAGAUUUAAUCGGACGAACAGAUUUACUUCAAGUAUCUAGAAAAGGAAGCAGCAAAUCGAACUCUUUAAACUUCUCUCUGCUGUUAAAAAAUGCUUUGGAGUUAAGGCCUGGUACAAAUAUUGUAGGAGGCUCCAUACCUCAGGAUUUCCAGUUGGAAAAGCGUGCUGACUACAAACUUAUUCAAAUGGCUCAGAAUGUUUUAGAUGGCGUUGAGGAUAAUACAACAAUUAAAUUGCUUAUAAAUAAUGAAGAGCGUGCCUUCGGAUCAACGUUAAGUUAUCACAUAGCUUGCAAAUAUGGUGAGAACGGUCUACCUCGUGAUAAAAGCAUUGAUAUAUUUUUGGAAGGUUCAGCCGGCCAAAGUUUCUGCGCAUUUUUGUCUAGUGGCGUAAAUGUUACAUUAAAAGGAGAUGCUAAUGAUUAUGUUGGUAAAGGUCUAUGUGGGGGCAGUGUCGUUAUUAUGCCCCCUGAUAAUUCCACUUUUGAGUCUCACUUAAACGUGAUAGUGGGGAACGUUUGUUUAUAUGGUGCAACUAAAGGCACUGCUUACUUCAGAGGAAUAGCAGCUGAACGAUUUUGCGUAAGGAAUUCAGGCGCUACUGCGGUUGUAGAGGGCGUUGGUGACCAUGGCUGUGAGUAUAUGACGGGAGGUAUUGUUGUUAUUCUUGGAUUAACGGGUCGAAAUUUCGCUGCGGGGAUGUCUGGCGGCAUAGCGUACAUAUACGAUACUGAUGGGUCCUUCAAAAAUAAAGUUAAUCUUGAAUCCGUUUCUUUGUUCCCGUUGGAGCACGAGUCGGAUGUACAAUUAGUAAAGAGUUUACUAAAUGAUUUUGUAACGAAGACUAAUUCUCACAUCGCUAAAGAAGUGUGCUUGAAUUGGAAUGAGAGCCAGCCUAAAUUUGUAAAGGUUUUUCCAUAUGAAUAUCAAAAGGUAUUAACAAAUUUGGAAAUAAAACAAAGCUACUCUGAAGAAAGUGAAAGCGUGACUGAAAUUACAAAAGUAAAGGAAAAACAAAAAGAACCAGCCAUUAAAGACAUUGAAGAAACUUUAAAUAAUAAUUCUUCAGAGCAGCCAUUGGAUAAGAUUCGAGGUUUUAUUAAGUACAAAAGAGAUUUAAAUAUAUAUCGUAAGGCUAGUGAAAGACAAGAAGACUGGGAUGAAGUUUAUAAUUUUCAAUAUAUUCGCAAACAGUUGAAAACACAAGCAGCUCGCUGUAUGGAAUGUGGAGUACCGUUUUGUCAGUCAAAUACACAUGGAUGUCCUUUGGGUAACAUCAUUCCUAAGUGGAAUGAUCUGGUUUUUAAUAACGACUGGCAAGAGGCUUUGCGACAACUUUUACAAACGAAUAACUUUCCAGAGUUUACUGGUAGGGUUUGUCCAGCACCUUGCGAAGGAGCAUGUGUUCUAGGCAUAUCGGAACUGCCAGUUACUAUCAAAAACAUUGAAUGUGCAAUUAUUGAUCAUGCAUUUGAACAGGGGUGGAUGAAGCCGGAAAUACCAAAGUUACGCACUGGAAAACGAGUGGCUAUUGUUGGCUCUGGACCUUCUGGUCUAGCGGCUGCAAGUCAGUUGAAUCGAGCAGGCCAUUUCGUUACGGUGUUUGAACGCAACGAUAGACCUGGUGGCUUAUUGCAAUAUGGCAUCCCAACUAUGAAAUUAUCAAAAGCUGUUGUUAAGCGUCGAAUUGCUCUUAUGGCUGAUGAAGGAAUAGAGUUUCGAAUAAACGCUUAUGUCGGAAGAGAUAUAAAAGCAUCGGUGUUACUGGAACAGUAUGAUGCAUUACUACUUACCACUGGAUCCACCUCGCCACGUGAUUUAAAUUUAAACAACAGAGAUUUAAAUGGUAUACACUUUGCCAUGGAGUUUCUAGAAUCUCAACAGAAAAAGCAACUUGGUGGCAAGAAUGACAUCAUAUGUGCUAAAGACAAGCAUGUAAUCAUAAUUGGUGGUGGAGAUACUGGUUGCGAUUGCAUGGCCACAGCUUUGCGGCAAGGUGCAAAAAGUAUUACCACCUUCGAAAUAUUGCCCGAGCCUCCUAAGAAUCGUGGCACUGACAACCCAUGGCCCCAAUGGCCUAAAGUGUUCAGAGUUGACUAUGGGCAUGAAGAAGUUCGAGUAAAAUUUGGCAAGGAUCCUCGCCAAUACUGCACAACAACAAAAGAAUUAAUAGAAGAAAAUGGUAACGUAACAGCAUUAAAGACAAUUCAAGUAGAAUGGAAUAAACAACCAAAUGGACAAUGGUCUAUGUCGGAAGUAAAAGGCAGUGAAAAAUACUACCCCGCUGAUUUAGUUUUGUUGGCAAUGGGAUUUUUGGGUCCGGAAAAAUCGUUACCGACUGAAAUCGGUCUUGAACUUGAUGCUCGUGGAAACAUUAAGUCCACCAAUGGCUCUUUCGGGACAUCAAACCCAAAAGUAUUUGCCGCUGGAGUUUGUGAAAUGCUAACCCCUAUUGCGAGUGUAGACUAG